UGAAUUUCAGGACUUGACGUGCCCUAUGGUUGCUUAUCUGAACCUUAAAACAAACAUCUUUUUGCCCACAGUUUCAACAUGUUGAUCUUUGGCUCCUGUGUGGGCGGAGAGAGAGAGAGGGCGGUGUUUGACGAUUUGUUCCCCGCGGCUCUCCGUAGAGAGAUCACGGCCUGGGCGUCGGCACAGUUCAGUCUCUGCUGCGUAGGAAAACAAAACUCAACUCCUCUUCACCCGGAGAUCGCGGAGGUGUCUAUCUUACAUAAACCAAAACUUGAUAUAUAAGACAAAAAUGCAUUCAGUCACGCUGGACAGCAAUGGUUCGCCAAAGAAACGGACGUUAUCUCGGGGACUGAGCGAGGAUGAGUCGCUCCGCAGCAUCAUAAAGGAGACCGAGAGUUCAUCCAGGCGUCUGACACGAAGCGACAGCCGAGCAGGAACCCUGAAGAGGAGGAGUGACAGUCAGUCUGAGCAGGACCUCUACAUGGGACUCCCAGAGAUGAUAGAGCUGCAGGCCAGCUAUGACGAGGUGGUGCAGGAGCUGCGUGGGCUGGAGGUCGAGCGAGAGACUCUGUUGUUCCAGGUGGACGUCCUGCAGGACACGCUGGAGGGUGUAGAGGAGCUGCUGGCUGAGACACAGAGGGAAGCUGGACAGGCUAGUUUGGAGUUGCAACAAGAGAGGGAUGCCAAGAGGAAACUGGAGAGCACGGUCAGCUCUCUGAUGAAAGAAGUAGAGAGAUUAAAAGAGGAGAGGAAUAACACCCCCCCAGUGAACACACAGGGUGUGGACGAGGUAACGAGACAAGGACACCAAAUGAAAAAUGAUGCAAAGGAAUUGAUGAAAGGCUUGUCGCUGUGUGACCCUCGCAGCAGUGAAAGCAGCGGCAGAGCGUCGGAGGAGGUGAGACAGAGUGACGAGGCGGAGGAUGAAGCAAACCUCCUGAUGAAGCUGCGGAAGAUAGUCAGUAAGCCGUUGGGCUACAUGCCCUCUCUGGCAGUGGACAACCCGUUCUCUGAAGACGGGGUCCUGCAGAGGCCUUGCGAAAACAGUGUUGUGGAUGGACGAGAUCCUUCCCCGGAUGGGCAAGACUCAGACAGCAUAAGUGCCUACGAGGAUGCGUCUGCUGACACUCCAGAGCAGGACAAGAAGUUUCCGGGGGAAGCGGACACUUUGGAGCUGCCUCAUGAUUCAGAGAAAAGUUCUACUAACAACGGCCUGGUCAGUAACGGGGAGACCCAAGACCCAAAAAGCCCUGAUGCUUGUGUCAUGUCUUAAUCUGUUUUAUCUACUACUGGGCAAAAGGUCAAAGAUUAUUGAUCACCUGGUGUAAUUCAACAGCUUUUUUUGAUUUACGGUUUACCCACAUCUGAUAUUUAUGUUCUUAGAAACCUUUGAGGCCAACAACAAGUAGUCAAUCUUAAGAAAAUUGAUCUGCAACUAUUUUGAGAAUCGAUUAAUCGUUUCAGCCGUUUUUCAAAAACAUGCCAAACAAUUGCUGGUUUCAGCUUCUUAAAUGUGAGGAUUCGCUGCUUUUCUUUGUCCUAUAUUUAGUCAAAGAAACAUCUUUGGGAUUUGGACCGCUGGUGGGAAUUUGAAGGCAUCGCUUUAGGUUCUGAGGGAUUGUAAUGAUAAUUUUUCACUACUUUUUGACAUUUUCUAACUAAAUGAUUAAUCGAUUAAUCUGCAGCUUAAUUGAUAAUGAAAUAAUGGUUGGUUGCAGCUUUAGUUGUAAUACACUGUAGUAGAAUUGUAAGUUUCAGCUUUAAAGUCACAACAAAGAAACUCAGGAUCCAGAUCGUUACUAGCUGGAAUUCCACUAAUGACUACUUAAUAUUAUUUGCCAACAAUUUCUUUGUAAUAUCUGUCUUAAGUUCUUUUUUGUAAUACAUGGAUAGACAUGGAAAAUAGUCCAUGCUGCUUUGUCCAUUUACCUCUUGUUUGUAUACUAACAGCUGCCAGGAUUUACCUGUAGACAAAAGACAGUGAGCUCCACACAUACAGUACCUGGACAAACACGGUUGAUGUUUUGGCUCCAGUCACAUUAGAAAGUCUUGAAUUUAGAGAGUCAGUCUGAACAUGUCAGAGCUGCAUUUAAAGAUAUUUAGUGUGGCUGUCCCCGGCUGUAGAGCUCACUGUAAAGAAAGUUUAGGACAUGUUUGACAUUGAUUUUUGGAAGCUAUGUAGAUCAGUUACAGGUAAUGAAAGGCAGAUAUUGGAAGGUUUAUAAGAUAUCGAUUUUUUGAAGUAAGGGAAAAUGCCAUUCUAUUUGCUGCCUUGCUGAUCUUUACAAGAUUUAUUUUUUUAUCUUUCAUAUAGCUCCCUUUCUCCUGUUUUUUAUGUUUAAUUUAGGGAAAUUGAUUUGGCUGCAUUUGCACUUUUUAAAGUUCUUGUAUUGUGGCAUAAAUGUGUCCGAUAUCAUUAGAAACAACAUUCCUUUAACAACCAAACAUGUCAGCAAGAAGUGAUCAGCUGACCUGCCGCAGGCUGUAUUCUCUGCCUGCGUGGUAAAACUGUAUGUUUGCACAGUAAAACUUGCUGAAAUUAGUCUCUUUGGAUGUCUCUGAUUGCUGUAAACAUUUUGUAUUUAAUCGCAAUUUUUUACAAUGUUACAUUUCUUCAAUGCUUGAAGCAAGAAUAGACCCUUUCACCUCAUUUGUGAUAGUUUGCAUGAGCACCUAAGAAUGUAUAUUGAUUUAUAAUCAGCACAUGAUUCAUCUGUCAUUUAUUAGUACUUUUGCACGCAGUACACAUAUAUUAAAUAAUACUUUGAUCGAAGGUAUUUACUGCGACAAUUGGUGUUUUGAAGGGAUUUUAAUUUUGUUUGCAAGUAAUGUAUCAUUCUGUCAUUUCCUGUUUUUAAGAUCCUGAGCAAAAUUAAAUAAUUUCAGUUUUGAUGGAAAAAAAAUCAUAUGACACUAACAUUUUUUUAAAUGAAAAUCACAAUUUUGAUAUUUAAUUCUGUUACACAAGAAAGAAAAGCAGCAAUAUUAAAUGUAUGGGAAUUUGAAAAUUGCUGCAUUUAGCUGCAGAUCAUUUUAUGGGGUUAAGGCCGCUCAAAUGUUAAUGUUUGCAUUCACUCAUUUGUCUUUUGUAUUAUUUUUUAUCACAGUUCUGUUUCAACAUAAAGCUGGUUCACAUGCUAGUACUUGAUUAUCUGUUGUGUUGGCUGCCAUAAUGCACAAAGAAGAGAUUACAUUGCUGUUUCUUUCCAUAAAAUGAGCUGAUGGGAGGUUAUUGUUACUGUAGUGCUGUAGUCACGUCUUGUGCAAUCAGGUCAUUUGCAACCAAUGCCGGUCAGACGUUUCUACGGGAACAUCCACAAUCAUUUGGUUGUUAAUAUUGUCAUCAACAAUUCAUUUUAUGUUCCUGUUGAUUUGGUUUGUUGUGAUGAAUCAGUUAAGUUGCAUUACUCCAACUUAAAAACUGAUCAAAUAUAAUUUUUAAACUUCAAUCAUUUAGCAUUUUGAGCACACAGCAGUGACUUCUUUUUGACAAUUUAUCAAGUAAUCAAAUGUGUUUUGUGUUUCAUUUUCCACAACAAUGCAAAAAAAUGUUCUUACUGUAAUUUGAUGCGUUUUAUGGGUCAAGAUUUUUUUUUUACUUGUCCUGAGCUUUGUAUUAAAUGUCCAGAUGUAAACAGUAAAUUACAUUUAUACUUGUAACGGGGAAAUACAUUCCAGACAUAUCAAAAUAAAAACAGUGAAUAAUGCUGA